AUGGGAAGAUUAUUGUUCUUCUCUCUUCUUCUCUCACUUGUUCAUCUCUUCAAGUCGGCCAUUUCUGUGCAUGAGCAAGCUCUACCAACUCCACCAUUGCCGAUUCUGCCUCUCCCAUCAUAUUCUCAGUUAAAAUGGCAACAAAGAGAGAUCAUCAUGUUUAUCCACUUCGGUGUGAACACCUUCACGGACAGAGAACGGGGAGACGGCGAUGAAAGCCCACAAAUCUUCAACCCUUCAGGCCUCAACGCCGGCCAGUGGGCGACGGUCGCGGCAGAGGCCGGAGUUUCCUUGAUGAUCCUGACAGCCAAACACCAUGACGGGUUUUGCCUGUGGCCUUCAAACUACACUGAGCAUUCUGUGAUCGGAAGCCCCUGGAAAAAUGGCAAAGGAGAUGUUGUGAGAGAGUUUGUUAAUGAAGCUUCAGCAAAAGGAAUAGACGCAGGGCUUUAUCUUUCUCCGUGGGAUAGACAUGACUCCAGAUAUGGACAUGAUAUACCUUACAAUGAAUAUUAUUUAGCUCAGCUUCAGGAACUGCUCAAUAACUAUGGAGAAGUAAGGGAGAUAUGGUUUGAUGGAGCCAAGGAUCCAAAGGCGCAAAAUGUGUCGUACUACUUCACAGAAUGGUUCUCAAUGGUGAAAGAGUUGCAGAAAUCCAUAAACAUAUUUUCAGAUGCAGGUCCAGAUGUGAGGUGGGUGGGAGAUGAACAAGGCUAUGCAUCAGACACGUGUUGGUCUCUCAUCAACCGAACUUCUGUUUCCAUUGGAAAUCCUGACAUCACCCGCUACCUAAACACAGGUGAUCCCAAAGGAACGGACUGGGUUCCUGCAGAAUGCGAUGUGUCGAUUCGACCAGGAUGGUUUUGGCACAAGUCAGAAUCACCAAAAAGCCUAACUGAACUACUUGAUAUUUACUACAACUCAGUUGGUAGAAACUGCUUAUUGCUCCUCAACGUGCCUCCCAACACAACCGGCCUCAUAUCUGACAUUGAUGCCCAAAGGUUGAAGCAGUUUCACAGUGCAGUCGCCACAGUUUUCCAGAAGAACAUAGCAGAAGACAACUGCACUCUUAUAGUAAGCAGUCAAAGAGGAGGAAAAGAAGGUGGUUUUGGACCAGAAAACAUGAUAGACAGUGACCAUUUGUGGACAUACUGGGCUCCUGAAGAAGAAGGAAGCAGAAAGGAGCAUUGGGUUGAGAUAAGAGGGAAGAAUAAUGGGAGUGUGAGAUUCAAUGUGGUGAGGGUUCAGGAAGCGAUAGGACUUGGUCAGAGGAUCAAAGGGCAUGAGAUCUAUGUGGAUGGUGAAUUGGUGAUCAGAGGGACGACAGUGGGUUACAAGAGGCUUCACAGGCUUGAAGGUGGGCUGGUAAAUGCUCACGCUGUGAGGAUCAGAAUCACUGAGUCAAGAGGAUUGCCUCUCAUUUCCUCUAUUGGUCUCCACUUUGAUCCUUUCUGGCACUCUAAGUUCACUACUGGCUUCAAGAAACAAUGAUAAGUAAUAUGAAGCUUCUGAAGUAUACCGUAUACAUGUUAAUUUAUUACAUGAAAGAAG